UCGUAUCCCCACUUGUACCGCUGCAGGUUUCCCUGCUUCCUCCCGGCCAGAUCCGGCAGAAGCGCGGGCGUCCAAUUCAGUCAGGCCUUGAGGGCCCAAGCCGACGCGGUGCAUUGUGGACGUUGUAGUCUCCAUCGCGUCUGUGGCGGACUAAAGCAUGAGGGCUGUGGUGAGUUGGGCAAGCAGGUGAACUUCCUUCAUCCGCGACAGAUUCACGGACUGGGUUGACGGGAAGCUCCCCGCCGUGUUCCCGGGCUGAGGGUGUUGGUGGAGGGGACUGGCUUGCCUUCGUCGCUAUUCUGUAACCUUAAGAGCAGAACCGUGAUUUGUAUGUAAGGAAGAAAAAAAAAUCUCCCUUAAAUAAAACGUUGCACGUCACCUUCAACCUGCUCAGUUCCUCCUGGGAUUUGCGGUGGAAGUAGAGGGGUUGGGACCCUCUGCCCGUCUGGUUCCAUUGCACCAUGACGAUCUGUAUGUCUGCUCUUCGAAGCUUUCCUAAGCUUUGGAACAGCAGCCCAUACCUGGGGCGAGGCCCAAGGCGUUCUUACACGGCUCUGUUUCUCACAAACUGCAUCUGGAAGCCGCAGAGAUGGUUUUCUCUUAAAACAGUGUCACCUCAAAAUGCCAAAGCAAGGGACCUGCUGACUGCCAAGGCCCGCUGUCUCAGGAAAGCAGAGGAGCGAGCUCAUAAGCACACUCCAUUCGAAUCAUCUCAUCUCUUCGCAGCUGGGGCAGCUAAGAAGAGAUCACAGAUGAAUCCACAAAGUAAGGACCGCGCCCGGCCUCCUGCAAAGAACACCUUUCAGCUGCCCACAAGACCUUUGAAUUCAGAGGAAUGGGAUAAGCUUAAGGAGGACUUCAAAGGAAAGGCCAGUUUCGAACAUUGGAUCAGUUCACAGAUGGCUCAUUGCCAUAGCUCUAUAGAUGUAGCUAAGUCUCUACUGGCCUGGGUGGCGGCCAGAAACAACGGUAUCGUAGGCUAUGAUAUACUGGUGAAAUACUUGUAUCUCUGUGUCUUCCAUCAGCAGACCUCGGAAGUUAUUGAUGUCUAUGAAAUCAUGAAAACCAGAUACAAGACUUUAGAAUCCGGGGCUUACAGCCUCCUCAUCCGCGGAUUGAUGCCCUCCGACAGGUGGCGCGAGGCCUUCCUGCUGUUAGAAGACAUGAAGAAAGUCAUGGUCCCUUCCAAAAAGAACUAUGAUGACUGUAUCCAGGGCGCCCUCCUUCAUCAAGACGCGACUACAGCUUGGAAUUUGUUUGAGGAGUUGUUGGCUCAUGAUGUUAGUCCUAUGUUGGAAACGUUAAAGGCCUUCUUUGAUUUUGGCAGAGACGGAAAGGAUGGUCACUAUUCAAAAAAACUGCUAGACCUUCUUUUGUAUCUAAGAAAUAAUCAGCUAUAUCCUGGGGAGUCCUUUGCCCAUAGCAUCAAAGCAUGGUUUGAGAGUGUUCCUGGAAAACGAUGGAAAGGACAAUUCACUGCAGUCCAGAAAAGUGGUCAGUGUUCGGCCUGUGGAACCGGCCUCGAGUCUAUUCACCUGAGUGCAGAUGAGUAUGAAUUUCUCAAGGAAAAAAUCAUGAAGGAUGUGAUAGACGGAGGCGACCAGUACAAAAAGACGACCCCUCAGGAACUGAAGAGAUUUGAGAGCUUUGUAAAAUCCUGUCCUCCUUUUGAUAUUGUUAUUGAUGGCCUCAAUGUUGCCAAGAUGUUCCCUAGAGCUCGAGAAUCUCAAGUCCUUUUGGAUGUAGUCUCCCAACUAACCAAGCAGAAUAUGCAAUUGCUGGUCCUGGGACGGAAGCACAUGCUAACACAGCGUUCCCGGUGGAGAAAGGAUGAGAUGGAAAAAAUACAGAAGCAAGCCAGCUGUUUUUUUGCUGACGAUAUCUCCGAGGAUGAUCCAUUCCUUCUGUAUGCUACCCUGCACUCAGGAAACCACUGCAAGUUUAUCACAAAAGACUUACUGCGGGACCACAAGGCCUGUCUAGCUGAUGCCAAAACCCAACGCUUGUUCUUCAAGUGGCAGCGGGGACAUCAGCUGGCGAUUAUCAGUAGGUUUCCAGGAUCAAAAAUAACCUUUCAGCGGAUUCUCAGCUAUGACACGAUAGUGCAAACAACUGGAGAUUCGUGGCACAUACCAUAUGAUGAAGACCUGGUUGAAAGAUCUUCCUAUGAAGUGCCAACCAAGUGGCUUUGCCUCCACCAACAGACAUAAAGUCUCUGGAACUCCAAGGUCAAUUGAUGUUUGGUGCCCUGCCAGUUGGCAUCUGAGCUCUGCAGUGGAUGUUUGCUUAGGGCUUUGUCCUGAAGAUGGAAGUGUUCUCUUAACACACUUUCCUUGCUCACUUCAUGUGUCAAUAAAUAAC